AUGCACUGCUGUGGCUGGGAAGCCAGCCAAAUUUUUGCAUGGCAAUACGACAUGGAUGCCGCGGCUCUGUUCCACGAGCGUCAGGCGGAUGUUGCCGCCUUUUCGGCCCUUGUGUUUCGUCGGCCGACAUCCGCAGUACGCCAGCUGCGCACGACACCGGCCACCAUUUCAUCGGCGACCCACACCACUGUGAGUGAGGCAGAAGCCGCUACCUCUUCUUCUCUGAUACACGUGGCCGCGGCGACGCCGGCGUACCGCCGCCCCGCCUCCGCGAAUGUGCCAGUGUCACGCGUCCUUCAAGAGAUCAAGGCACGGGCAGAACGAGAGAAACGGAUGGCACGCAAAACGAAAAAGAGGACCAGGAGCGAUGCCGACGAGCUUGCCGGCGGACUUCUACAUUUAACCACGAGCAGCAGCCGUAGCGGUGCCCCGCUGCGCGCCAUGGGCUUCUCCGCGCAGGAGAUUCGCGACCGCACCUACCUCUGGAUGACGGAGCUGGGGUCGCAUUGCAGCUCUGCCGACGACGUCUCGCGGCGCGCCGCGAAGGAACGCACCGCCCUCACUCCCCAGCAGCAAGCCCGGCUGCGGCGACUGCGCAUCAAGCGAACACAUCAACGCCUUUUGUCACACGCGCAGUGGGUCCUCUGGCUGCGCCGUCGGCGUCGGCUGUGGUACCGCCGGCGGCCGGUGGCGCGACGGCGGCAUCUCACUCGGCAGCUCGCACUCGAGUACGGGCGGCCGAUUGGGCUCUGCGGCUGCUGCAGGCGUAAACGACAUACGUCCGACGCGUCAACUGCGGCGCGCAAAGCACGCCCGCCUGCCAUCAAGGCUGUACGCAAGGUGGUGACGCAGUGGCUUCCAUCGCACUCGCGUCUGGCGAAGCGCUUCCACUACCGUAUUGUUUUUCUUGCCAUACAACCCAGCGUCACGCACGUAUCGUUGACGGCAGCAACAUCAUCGAUCCCCUCGCAGCAUGGUGGUGAUGCAGCGCUCAGCUCCACAGCGCCAUGUGAAAGCUGGCGCGCAAGACGUCUGCGCCUCUGCGCAUCAUGCGUGAUUCGGCUCGCCAUACCAUGUGAGCCCGCGCGAAAAGAUCAUCGAUUUUUGCAGCGUUGGGUGACCGCGCUCGCGGUGCAGCAGCGCCGGCGACUCUUCUGCAGCCCCACUACAGGGAAUGGCCCGCCAUCACACGCGCAGGCGUCGCUAAUUGCGUCCGCCCCAGCUGCAACGAUGCUGGCCGACCUUUCGCAUCACUGCGUGUACGCGCUGACGCCGCGGAAGGAGUGGCCAUUCAGUGGUGGAGUGCGCACUUCACCUGAUUCGCCGCAUGACGCCGCGUCUGCUGUCUCAUCUGCGCUGACCAGCCUCCUUGCAUUGCUCGGACUGCAUUCUGAUGUGGAGGACGUUGGCGCCGCACCUUCUGGGGUGGUCUUUGCACUUUCUCCGACGGCACGCCAUCAGCGCACACAACAAACUUGUGCAACUGUCGUGCAUGGACACAUGUGGUGUGCAGGCGCGGCAUGCCUUGGGAAUGCUGCCCUGAAGGCAGCCGACCAGUGCCGCGACUCUGUUAGCACUCUCUCUCGUCACACGCGCGUGGUGCCAGUGGUGCUGGUUGCUUCACUGCGCGCCAAAGCCGCAGUCACUUCUACGGCGAUUUUUCUCUUCAGUGAAGGCCCGGUGCACUUCACACGCCGCGCUACGUCACAGUUGCGAAUUCGGCUUGUCUCAUCCUGGAGCCCGUGCUCGCUGAGCCCGACACGCGCCUCUGUGUUUGAGUACUGGCGGUGCGACCCCUCCGCGUCCUCUUCUCAGCCGGAGUCUGAGGCGCUCUCGACGCUCAAGGGUGCUUUUCAGCGCUGCGCCCGUGUCUACCGGCGGUUGCAGCUGCGUUCAUUUCGCCCCCGCUGUAACCCGCGCGUUCGCCGGGGAACGCCGUCCACGUCUCCACCCCGAAAAACCGCGCCAAGAACUGGUGCGACGGUGGCAGGGUCAAGGACUGCUGCGCAUGACCCUCAGUGGGCUUCGCCGCGCCUCUCCCUCGUGGCCUACCCCAGCUUCUCCUCUCCGUUUCUACCAGAUCCGCACCGCAACGAGUCCGGGGAAGGAGGGACGGCUCCGUACGCAUGGCGCCUUGCGCUUCUCUACCGCGUUCCUGCGAGCGGGAGCCGUGACUCGUGCACCCGCAUCCGUGGCGCCGCUGCUAGGUCUGCCGCAUCCCCAGUCGCGAAGCGUGCCGUGGCCACCCCUUCGCUCCGACGUAGGUGCCUACUGUCGUGGCAGGCGCGUCGCGCCCACUUCCAGCUGGCUCGUCGCUUCUUUGGGUUUCUUCUCAUGGCACCACCGAGGGCUGAAACAACGCGUAGCGGUGCCGCCGCGCGGGGGCGGUGCCGUGCGCUUGGCUUCAAGGAUCGCGUCACCCUCCUUCACCUGCUAGGCCGUCCUGCCUACCCUCUGGACUAUGGGCUGUCCCGCCCUUCAGCAGCGGCGCAGCAGCGGCGCCGACCCACUCCAAAAAAGGCUCGGGUGACGAGGCAGGGCACAAAGCGCAGUCGCACGCCAACGGACGGCACGUCUGCCGCUGUGGCGCCGGCGAGUGCGCCACUUCCCUCGUACCUGCACAUACUGGAAUACUAUGGUAAUGUCUCGAAUGCGGCGUGCCGUGUCUUUGUGCGGGCGGCACACACAGAUCGCAAGCUCCCUACCCUACACAGCAGCGUGGGGACGGUCCUGCUGCAGUACCGGUGGCUGCAGCGCAGAGGCGGCGGCGCGUUGCGCAUACCGGGUGUGGCACGCGUCGGUGUUGUGUCGUCAUCCGCCUUCUUCGCACAGCGAUUCGGGUGCAUGGUGGCACCUGUGUGGUGCUGCUUUCCGCCGACGACGAGCGAGACUGGCGGCGGCGCCGCUCUUGCCACUCUCGACAACGCGGACGAAUAUACGCUACCCGUGGUGGUGCCCGGUGCCAACUGGACUGCCGUCUCCCUGGUUGGUGACACCGCUUCUGCUUCUCGCGCACUUAACUACCUGCUCGCCCCUCCUGAGGUAGCGGAUGAUCUGCUUCGCCGCAGCGCAUUGCUUCACCGAGACGAGCUGCCGCGAAAGCGGGCCCACAGUCGCCAUCAGCGCGUGUUUGACCUUGGACAAGGACGUGCCGUGCGAGAGCUAGAGACGUUGCUUUUCGAUCCGCUGUCGUGCUCGCCGGUACAACUCAUACAGUGGUACGCGUGA